AUGGAAACAAGGCAUUACAAGCUGCUUCCCCGCAAAUCUGGCGACUUCCCGGCCGACGACUCCAGCGCAAUAUGCGAUGCUACGAGCCGCGGCCGCCGGCAACGAGCCUGGCGGGUUGUCGCGCUCUCUAGCAUCCUGCUCAACGCAGUCCUGGGCGGACUUGCGAUUGCGCACGCGACCGUCUCGCCGCUUGCUCCGUCCCUGCGUCAGCAACGGUUGUACUCUCCGGCGCAGCACGUCUUGCGCCGCGUCGACCGCGUCUUCACCGGCGGAUUCGGCGCAGGGGCGAGUCCCUACCAAGGGGCCCCAAACGAGACGAACAACAGGCUCUGGCGGAACCUCUACGACUCUGUUGGCAUAUCGCGCAUCUCCGCGGCAGAAGCUGCGCCGAUGGUGAAUCGGACGCUGCCCAUCCCCGGCGACCACGGCUACUACGUUACGUCGCUGGAUGUCUUCCACCAGCUGCACUGUCUGAAUGUGGUCAGGCAGGCGGUGUAUGGCCACGUGGAUUGGACCAACCAGGACGAGCUGUUUGCUAUUGACCAUAUCGACCACUGCAUCGAUACGAUCCGCCAGAGCCUGCAGUGCAACGCCGACGUCACGCCCGUCACGUUCGUGUGGUCUCGCGGGAGGAAUCGCGCGCUGGAGGAAGCCCGGGUCAUCCACACCUGCGUGGAUUUCGAAGCCAUUCGCGGCUGGGCCUCCAAGCAUACGAUGAGGGUGCCCUUUAAUUGGACUGCGCAGAUUGACGACGAUCCGCUAGGCUGGGGGGCUGGUGUGGAAAGGCACGCGUGA